AUGAAACAGCGUGAUAUGCUAAAAAGCCGCGUCAAGCGCUUGUUAAAAGAGCAAAAGGACAUGGGUCAAGUAGGAGAAUCAGCCGUGUUUUGUUGUGCUUCGGCCGUGCAAAUUUUUGUAAAAGAUUUGGCGAAGAAAAUGCUGAUACAGUCGACAAAAGGUCAUGGGCUGACACCAAUUGAGUUGAAGAAAAGCGUCCUGGCGAGUGGAAAAUUUGAUUUCUUGCACGAGAAAGUAGCUGCUAUUGAUGAGAAUGCUGCCAAGUACCACAGGCAAGAACGUGGUGGUAAGAAGAGGACACAAACGGCUACUGCUAAAAAGCCGUCGACAAAGAAAGCGCGCACAACAAGGACAAAGAAGGAUGGAACAGAUAUUACAGCAGCAACACCAGCAAUCUUGACAGCGAAGAAGAAGCCUGCUGGACCAAGAAGGCGGGCUAAAGCGAGUGUUACACAAGUCACGUCGGUUACUAAAGCACAAUUGCUAUUAGUUGAAGAAGAUGAAGACUAUGAUGAAAGUGAUGGCGACACGUGA